GAAGAAUUAAGUGACAAACAUGAAGCUGACCAUUGCUACCGCUCUAGCGAGCAUCCUGCUUAUUGGCUUCGCUAAUAUUGCCAACUGUUCGGAUUGUGGAUGCCCCACAACCACAACUACCUGUGCGCCACCCACGAGACCUCCAUGCACGAGUCCUACCACUACCACAACCACAACCACAACUACCUGUGCGCCACCCACGAGACCUCCCACCACAACCACAACCACAACCACAACCACAACUACCUGUGCGCCACCCACGAGACCUCCCACCACUACCACUACCACAACCACAACCACAACUACCUGUGCGCCACCCACGAGACCUCCCACCACAACCACAACCACAACCACAACUACCUGUGCGCCACCCACUAGACCUCCCACCACAACCACAACUACCUGUGCACCCACCACUCGUAAGACCACCACACGCAAACCAAAACCCCCCAAAACACCUAAGCCCACCACCAAAAGGCCGUGUGGUUGCAAGAGCUGCGGUCCUGGAGGCGAGCCUUGCAAAGGAUGUGCUAAGAGGGAUGCACUGUGCCAGGAUCUCAACAGCUUACUCCGCAAUCUGGAGCGCCGGGUCCGUCAAUGCGUCUGCGGCCAACCGGAUUGGUUGCUGUGAAGCGCCGAAGGAGCGCUCUACCCACUCCCGUACUAACCGAUGUGACUGCACCCCAGCGAAAUGCAUUUUGUGGGGGAGCUCGGCCAGGACUUUGACUCCGCUUUGUUUUAGUUAUCAUCAAUUAUAAAAAUAAUAAAAUUAGUUAGACUGCAU